AUGUCUACCGUACUUCCAUUCCAAAUACCCGUCGUCCAUCCCUCAAAACGCCCCGCGACACGUUCCCCAUUGUCCAUAUCUGGGGCCAACAGGGUGGUUCCCGAGGGUGUCCCAUUCGACCAAUCUCUCAAAGUGGGUAAUGAAGAACCUCGACUUUCUCCGUCUCACUCUGGACCCGCCACAGCAUCCAUAGCGACACUUCGAUUACCCGAUGCUCUAGUACCCCCCGACCAUUCCCCUUCCCUACCACGACGUAUCUCUACCACACCUAUGUAUUCACCAAUCGAUCCCUCCCUCCCUGAUCGAGGUAUCCCAGAUAUAGGAGGCUCAGUAAGCGCGACGAACGGCACUACCGAUGCUUCUUCUACUGUUCGUCCCAACCGAAUUCCAUGGUUUCCCGCUUCCGUGAAAAAUCUACCUAGAUCAGGAACACCGGGAAUGCCCCCACUGUUGUUAUCUCCAGAGGAACAUCUACCGUCAGUGUCAUUAGGGGGUUUGGCGGCGUAUGGGCGAUUGCUACAAGCUCUACCUUCUUCCGAAUCGGACAGUGAUUCAGGUGUCAGACGUAAUUCGGAUCUGAGUAAUUAUGGCGAUAAGAUGGCUAUGCCUGAGUGCGUGGAUGAACUCAUUGUGGAAUGUUGUGUAAUUUGCGGUAGAAUAGGGGGAAGGGAUGAAAUUGGAUUGCGUCAGACUCAAGCUAUGGGAAUUCAAUGGAUCUGUAUAUAUGGAUGUAGGAGACCUUCGACGGAGAGUAAUGUUGAAGAACCCGUAGAAAAGGACGUGGGUCACAAGGAAAGGGAAAAGGAAAAGAACAAAGAAAAGGAAAAGGAAAAGAAGAAGGAAAAGAAGAAGGAAAAGAAGAAGGAAAAGGAAAAGGAAAAUGCACCAGUAUUGAGGGAAGGAGACGGAGAAGGGGGAGUGAGACCUCUCGAACAUGCUAGAUGGGAGUCGGGUCAUGAGGAAAGGGAAAGGGAAAGGGAGAAGGAAAAUGAAAAUGCACCGGUGUUGAGGGAGGGAGACGGGGAAGGGGGAGUGAAACCUCUUGAGCAUGCUAGAUGGGAAUCGGGUCAUGAGGAAAGGGAAAGGGAAAGGGAGAAGGAAAAUGAAACAGUACCGGUGUUGAGGGUGGGAGACGGGGAAGGGGGAGUGAAACCUCUUGAACAUGCUGGAUGGUAA